UGUGCAGUCUCAGUGCAGAGUGCAGACGGAGUUCUAUCGCUGUUGCCAGCUGUCGCGCUCGGCAUUGCUCCACGACACGCACACACGUAGCCAAAUCCGCGUGCAUCCAACCAUCCAUUCCAUAUCCAACUCCCCUUUCACUGGCAGACAGCAAGGCAGACCCGGCGGAGACGUCUACUUUAGUCAUUCUCCUAACGGGACACAACAGACUCCAUCGCUCUAACGGGAGUAGGACUGUACAGUGUAGAUCACCAGCACUACCAGCAGCAGCACCAUGGCAACCAAGAGACCAGGGGAGAAGACCUCUUCGGCAGCAGGACCCACAGACACCAGGCAGUCUGAGGCAGAGAUACAGGAGACACUGGUGUACAUGCAGUGCUGUGGACAGGAAGCCCCUAACAUGACAGAGAGCAACGGCCAUAGGAACGUUAUGACUAGGAACCAUCAGGUCCCGGUCUUCGUGCCCCGGGGGAGGGCUGAGGGGGGCUGGACCCACCCCUCGGCUCCUCAGCAGACUACAACUCCCACAGUGCCCUCCUGCCCUGUGUCUGCCCCUUACAGUUUCCGGAGCCCAGAGUCGGUGGAGAUGGAUGAGAUCAUGGCAGCCAUGGUUCUGACCAGUAUGUCCUGCAGCCCUGUGGUCCAGAGCUCUCCUCAGAGUCAGAAUGACCCUGUACCAGGUCCAUCAUCAGGGGGCAGAGACAUGGAGUGUGGGAGCGGAGACUUGGAGUGUGGGAGCGGAGACAUGGAGUGUGGGGGUGGGGAGCUGUCUGACAGCGGCAGCAGUGGCUACUGGAGCCGGGACCACGACAACGUUAGUCCCGUCCUGUCCCUGUCCGUCAUGGAGAUGGACAGCAGCCCCGACGAAGGACUGCACACGGAGCUGGAGCAGGGUGUGGAGCUAAAUGUAGCCAAGAGGUCAAAGAGUUCUUUCAGAGGAGCAUACAGGUGUCUGUGGCCCAGCUGUGGCAAGGUGCUCACGUCUUCAGUUGGGAUGAAAAGACAUGUCCGUGUGCUGCAUCUGGGCAGUGCAUCGGAGCAGUCCCACAGAGAGGAGGAUUUCUACUACACUGACUUCUCCUGCAGAGCUCCACCAGCCCUCGUCCCGGCCUCUCACGUCCCCUACGGCUCCCCUCCAGGCCCUGGUCCAGGUUCCGGUCUCCAGAUCCCCUCCUCUACCUCGUCCUCACCCUCAGGGUCAGGCAGCUCCAGGCCCAGCUCAGGCCCAGGGUCAACCCCAGGGUCAGGCAGCUCCAGGCCCAGCUCCAGGCACAGCUCAGGCCCAGGGUCAACCCCAGGGUCAGCUCCAGACCAGCCCAGCCCUCUCAGCCAGUCUGCCCCCAGUUCCUUUUCGCAGAUACAGACAGACCACCUGUAUCAGGCCUGCGCUCCCCUCCAGGUGACGGUGUCCUGUCACAACCCCGCCCCCUGUUGUUGGACCCCUCCCCCUCUCACCGUCUCUAACCAGCCCAGUCACCACAACUCCCAGGUGGUGAGGGGUCGCUGCAGGUCUGUGAGUGUGGGAGAACAGUGGCUUCAACAGAACAGCACCACCAACAGGCUAACCCCCAUGAGAGCAGCCUCCCCGUCACGCUCUCACUGCUCCUUCAGGAAGGGACGAGGGGAGGCCAAGAAGUGUCGUAAGGUGUACGGAGUGGAGCGCAAGGAGCAGUGGUGCACGGCCUGCCGCUGGAAGAAAGCAUGCCAGCGCUUCCCAGACUAAACGAGCGCGCGAACGACGGCUGAUGAAAAAAAGAGAGGACACGAUCACAACCAGGGCCUGUUAGCCAUCAUGAACAACAAAUUCCUUUUUUUCUACCUUGUUUUUUCCCCCCCUCAAGGAAUAAAGUGAUUUGUGUAUUUUUUGUUGUAAA